AUGAGCUCCGAAGAUGGCUACGAGUAUGGCUCCGAAUAUAACUCCGACGAAGAGCAAGAGCAAGAGCAACCCUACGACCCCCUGAGAUCUCAAAUCCGGGGUUGUCUUCGUGGAAUACAUAGCUCGGGGUCUUUCGCAACAUCUGACCACAACGUCGAGCACAUUCUUCCUGGUCUGGCCGUCAAAGGUGUCGGUCCUAUCAGACUACCCUUAUCUCGUGAAGAUGCCAAUGCUCUUAUUCGAGUGAGCCGUCAAGCACCUUUUGGCAAGGGAGGGGAGACGCUGGUGGAUGAGACGGUGAGGAAGACUUGGGAGAUCGACGGAAAAGGGUUGUCAUUCGAAAACAAAGGUUGGGAUACCUGGCUUGAACAGAUUCUCGAACAUGUCUCCAACGGCUUGGGUAUACCUGGGGGUGCUGGCAGUGUACAAGCUGAGCUUUACAAACUAUUGGUGUAUGAGGAGGGGGCCUUCUUCAAACCUCACAAAGAUACGGAGAAGACCAAGAACAUGUUUGGAACCCUGGUCGUUUGCCUACCGUCGGAGCACACUGGCGGCGCAGUGCGCUUGAUUCAUGGAGAAGAAGAGACAAUUCUCGAGACAGACAAGUGGUCUUCUUACGGUGUCUCUUAUUUGGCUUGGUAUAGUGAUGUAUCACAUGAGAUAUUGCCAGUUAAAUCAGGUUGUCGAUUCGUUCUAACAUACAACCUCAUCAACGCCACUGUUCCACGUCAACUCUCAGCUGCUGUACUGGACGUUGAGCAAUCCAACAUCGACCGGGUGCUCACCGAAUGGUAUUCCAUGCAAGACCAACCACAGUUCAUGUGUUAUGUCCUUGAACACAAGUAUACCGGCGCAGGGCUUCGAUUAAACUGUCUGAAAGGUGACGACUAUUACCGUUGCUCUCAGCUUGAACGAGCUUGCCAGUCAAAUGGUCGCUUUUGUAUUUUCCUAUCCCGGCUGCAACUGACUGUGAGCCGAAGCAAUGACGAGGAUUGCAGGGAAGAAGGGGACGAAGAGCUCUGCCUAAAUAAUGUUGUCACUCUACUGGGCACGAAGCUUCAAGAUUCCCUGAAGAUAUCGGAUGACUGCCUCGUCCAGCAAUCUGUCUAUGCAAACCGUGACCGUGACGAACAAUGGGGAGGCGAACACUUGGGCAAUCAGUAUGCUGAAAUUCUCCAAAUUUACCAUGAUGCUGUCGUUGUCAUUGUUCGUCGAGACCAGAUGACCAGGUUCCUCCUUGGUAGUGGUUAUAAGCUUGAACACUACUCAAAGUUCCUUGAUCGACUGUUUGUCAACCUCAAGGGUCAGAACGACGGUGAACAUUCCCUCUUUCGUGAAAUGAUUGAACAGACAUGCAACAGGCAUCUUCAAAUGCGGUAUCGAGACAGUCGCCAGAAAGAUGGUUUCUUGGGCCCCACAGCGAUAGAGUUACUACGAAUCGACAACCUUGAGCUAGCCAAUACAGCCCUUGAUGCUGUGGAGGAAAGCUUCGACAAGUCCACCUUCUGGAACCUUGCCAUGCUGGGAUUCGAUAAAACGAAAGACUUUUCCACGAAAGCGUUUUCUCGGAUUUCGAAACUGCACCUAGUUGAUCGUGGCCUUCGAGCAUUCCGCUCCGGUGUAAGAUCUGGCUCUGCUGAACCUGACUCUCGAGGAAGAUUAGAGAGCGCCGUUCACCAAUGGGCGGUGGAAACCCUUUGCAAGGCUUUGAAUUCGAUCACAGAAGUUCUUCCCCAGGAUGCGGGAGCUGUGGUUCAGAUCAUGGAUACCUAUGGGGAUGCAAGGCUCUGGAAAUGGCGCUUUGUGAACGAGACAGCCUUCGUAAGCGCGCUCUUCGUGGAGACCCUUUGCUACGCUCAAACGGCUCAAAAAUCUGACGUGGUGGAACAUCUUCUUUCGCCCAUCUUUGAUGCAGCUAUGUCUUCCUUUCAGUUGCACCAAUUUUCGUCAUAUAGGAAGUCGAGACUUCAGCAUGAGGACUUCCCAUUUUCGUCGUGGUCAGAGUCCUCUUGCAAGAAGGACGUCGCUGUCGUCGUGUCUCUUUAUCGACGACUUUCAGGAGAAGAUUUGUCUGAGGCGGGACAGCUACUUGAAAAGAUUGCAAAUGACACUGCGACAAUCCAGCAAGACGACCUUGACCGCUUCAUUAUUCCACUCCUGCAGGAUCUGGUCGACAUCACCAAAAUUCAGCCCCUUGAGGCUUCUCUGUUCUACGCCAAAGCUAUCCCUACAUAUAUUGAGAGGGCGGUGGAGAAGGAGCCCCCAAAACCGCAUAAUUGGUCCCUACCCGACGACAUAGGCAAGUGUGAUCGGACAAAUUGUCCUCAUUGCUCUGUUGUACGUGAGUUUCUGGAGAAUCCAAGCGAAAAAGAGCGGUGUUUCACCAUUCCCAAAGAUCAGGAUUCCCGUUUUGUUUGGCAUUUCCCACAUCACUACGAUAGGAAUAGAGACGAAAGUGGACAAGAUCUCGCUAUCAAGGUCACCAAAUCUCUAAAGACAUGGGAAGACAAACACAAGGAGUGGAGAAGGAGAGCGGAUAACGCUCAAUCGAAGCUUCAGUCCCUUCCUGAAAUGCCACUACGCGAAUGCCUCGGAAAUACCGAGUAUCAAGACUUGAUGGAGCUCCGGAUCGUCAAACUAUCAGCCGAAGAUGUGAGCCAGGGACCGCCAGACUCCGCCAAAGCAAACCCAGCUCCUGUCACACCGGGAGGCUCUGCUGGUGCUGAGACGAAGGGAAGAAAAAGACGGAGGAUUUGA